CAUUAGCUCGCCGUUGGCGAUAGCGGGCAAGUAGUGAGAGGUAAGCUGCUGUUGGAAAUUUACUGGGGAGGCUGGUAAUGUGGUAUCUGGAACAUCAUGAAAUAUUAUUAAGUAUGAUCUCACUAGGUCUUAUGGCAGUGUGUUGGCAGUGUCUUACAGAACUUUUUAUGAUGCGGCAAGAUUUGAGUAAUUCGGGACACGAGGAAGCGAAGUCCCAACUCCUUUCGUGACUCCAGCCGAGUCUUUCAGGGUUUGCGCCCUUCUCUACUCAGCACCACCAGAACUCCCAUAGGAACUUCAACCACGUCCUGGCGUCCCACGAUAGCGAAAGCGUCAUAACUGGAACUAUCUUUAACGGCUACCUACACAGCUCUCACAGCCGCAUAUAACAGUUAAUAUGUAUCAUGGUAUGAUGGAAUGUUUCUAUUUUCCAAACGAAACGUGGUUGAACCUGUGUGCCCUUUCUCAGUUACAGGUUCUGCACCUACAGCUGGCCCUUUCAAAGACCACACAGGUGGUCCCCUCGGAGAGACCGUCGAUCAACCUCGCAUCAAUCCUCCAAGGUUAGAUACUAAGCGGAGGCAGACGUUGCUUAAUCUCCUAAAUGCUUUAAACGAGCUCAGCCAAGCCGAAUAUCUUGACCGAGACUUUGAUCAGUAUCCAAGCUUUGAGGAUGACAGAGAUGUCCCGACUGUUGACGAACAACUACAGGUUGCCGGAGCAGACGCAUUUAACAGAUUUCAGAAGAGGAUCAAUAGUCUCGACAAAGAGCUCAGAAACUUUGGCAAUGCUGCACGACAACUUGGUAGUUCCGUCGGAAUUCUGUCCUCCGCAUUUCGGCUCCGCGAAUGUCUUGCACAAAUCCUCUUCCUCUUCCGGGACAAUGCAGCUGAUCUCUUUCCUCGCAAGAUCUCUCGUCAGCAACGCGAAUUUUUGGUCAACCCCAAUCUAAUGGACAAAAAGCGCAAAGCUCGGCGGCGAAAGAGCAUGCCAGGACGUGUUCCAGCUAAUGUUGAAGAUAGCCUUGAUCUUGAGAGCCUCCCAGAGCAGUUUGAGAACUUCGCUACUGCUCUCAUGACCUUCUUGAAAUGCCUGAAUGAAUUUCCAGAGUUCACCGAUGAGGCUGUUAACACUUCGAUAAAGUCAUUUGAGGGCGAUUUGAAGUACUGGGCGUGCUGUUUACAAGAUUACAGAGGACAAUUCAAAUACCCUGCUGUGCAGCGCUAUGUUCAUGACCUUACGGCUGAAAUGGGAGAACACAUCGACAGCAUUACUGGAACAUUAUCCAUGUUCAUCGAAGUUGGUGUUCCAACUAUUCGAUUUGCACAGAAGCACGGUGCAGCAAAUCUAUUAACUCUGUCCACCGUGGCCACCUUCUUCUCCGCCGUCACUGCGACGACGCUGCAGUUCUCGUAUUCUCAAACUGGAGAUAUUCUCUCUGACGGAGUUAAUGCGUUCUGGUUCUCCUCGCUUGUAUUUAGCAUCGCUGCUGCUGUUAAUAGCUUGCUAGGGCUUUCUUGGAAACAAGCUAUGUAUCGAUCACCUGGUGAUCGCGUACCGUGGUGGGUACUGAUAUGGAUUAAACGAUCACCCCUAGUAUUUUUGGUGAUGUCUGUGGCUUGCUUCUCGGCUGGGCUUGUGCUGUUCACAUAUUCUACGAAUCAAGGCAAAGUCACAUCUACAAUCACAACUGUUUUUACUGCGUUCACCUCGUUUGGCCUAGCAGCAGUUUCAGCCUGGUUUGCUUCUGAGAGAUGGACAUUUGUGCAUCAUCGCGGGUCGAAGUGGCUUUCUGACGUUCUGAAGGAUGCUCUGCGACGCUUCAUGGCCCUGCGUGUGAUCUCAAUCGUCAGCAAAGGCUUCGGUUGGGGCCUGCAACAUGUGCAAAAAGGCGUUGAAGUCGCAGGACACAAACUUAGACGGGCGUCAUCGAUGGGGACAAUCACAACAACCGCGCUAGAGCAAGGCGACAGCCUGACGAAUGGCGAGUAUGCUCACGCAAUAUCACGUUCUCCUGAACCCCUUUCUCUGCUAUCACCCAUCCGACAAUCCACGGACUCCCACUUGCAUUUUAGUGCCGAGGGUUCUUCACAUCCCAACUUGGAGUCACCAACUACCACCUUCAGCGACACGUCAAACUCUCCAAUUACACCGCGAGACCGUUUGACAAGUGCCAUUCGGUCUGUCAUGAUGCUCCAGUCUGCAACGUCUUCUCCUAGCAACCCAUUUUCUUCUCCUGCGCGGAAACGAACAACUUCGUCGGCGUUCACAGAUUCAUCAAGAGUGAUGUCAGAGACAGGUGUCACCACAACACCCAGAGGAUCUAAAGUCGCCUCCCUCAUACCUAAGCUCAAAAGCUUAGAGGCAACGCAAGAUUUGGUUGCACAUUCAGCACUCGUCAGGCACUUACAGUUCUCGCCCAAUGGCAAGUUUUUAGCGACUUCAAGCUGGGAUCGGACGUCUAUCAUCUUCCGCGUCGGGGAUCCUUGUGUGCCCCAUCGUGUACUUGCACACGCUUCUGGUUUUGUUGGUCAAGUUGCUUGGUCUCCGGUUGGCGUGCUUCUCCUUACAAGGCUGAAUCGGGCUAUCAAAAUUUGGACGGAGGAUGGAGUGUGUCGAAAGACCAUCGAACGUCACCACCAUGUCCAGUCAAUUGCAUGGUUGCCUGGAGGGGAAGCAUUUUUGUCCGUCGAGGGUAGCGAAGUGUCUCUCGUUCUUCAGGUCCUCGACACGUAUCACUUCAAUCGGGUGUUCAUUCAUGAUGUAGCCAUCACUCCUGAUCUACAGCGGUUGUUGGGCGUCGGGCCGAUCCUAUACUCUCCCAAAGGAUUGCAUCCUAGCAAGUCCCGAGUAGAAAAACAGCUUUUGGUUUAUAACGUCGAGACGAAGGUUAUCGAAAACCAGACGCCAGUGCUCAAUGAUGUUCGUGAUAUAACGCUGGCUAAGAACGGACAAGUAGCUCUGGUAUCUUAUGAAAACAAGGCAUUUCCCCAGCUGUGGAAGUUAGAAAUGGUCAAGGAUCAGGCACGACUGAUUCUGCGUCAUACUUAUAUGCCCAAGGUGCCAGUUGACUUUGCAGGACCGAGCUAUUUUGGGGGCAAGGACGACCAGCUUGUGCUUUGUGCCGGCAAGGCUGGUGAUAUACAUAUCUGGGACCGCGAUUCAGCUGUGCUUCUUCAUCAUGUCCGUGCCCAAGCCCUAGGCGGAGAUUUGACGUGUAUUGCAUGGAAUCAUGCUUCCGACAACCCUUUUAUGUUUGCUACGGGAGACCACGAGGGUGCAGUCAGAUUGUGGACAACAGCAAACGACGACUACCGGCCAUGCGAGUCUAGUCGCCGUUUCUCUGCAGUGACUGCACAAUCUGCACCGCAUUCUGUUGCCCCUUGCUCACCUUCACCCGUUGGUGAUGGUGCUUGGACAGAUAGCGCCGGCAGACAAUUCGGGGAAUACACCUCAGAGCCAUUAACGCUCACGCCCGUGGAAGACAGUGGCCAACGAGAUAGAAUUGUUACAUUUGCACAUACUCGUGGACAGUAA